AUGCCUGUCAAGUCGCUUUACGAAAUGGCCACCGCCGUUGCCGUCAAAAACAUAGAAUCUAUUGUCAGCAUCGGCUAUCUCUCCUAUGCGUCCGUCCGUCACAUUCUCCUCAAGGUUGAUAAUGCCCGACAACUCCGCCAGAUCGAGCUCAACUGCCCGCAGCUCCACGGCGAGACGGGUGAGCUAUGGCUACGUCUUAUCGAAAAGGACUUUCCCUUGGAGUUCAAAGCCAAGGCGUACAUGCCCAAGAGCCAGGACAAGUGGUUCAAGGUCUGGGAAAAGUACAAGGUCGACCACGACCGCUCCAUCAGGGAGUCGGAGGAGCAGCUCCGCGCCGCCCUCAUGGGUCUCCGCCAGGACAAGGAAAAGAACACGAGCAAGAUUGUCGAGGGCCGCUUCUUGCCCUCGGACGCCAUACGCCCCAAGAAGCGCAACGGGCCCAAGGACCACACCACGGGCGUUUUGACCUUUGGCGGAGGCAGCCGCACCAAGACACUUACGGGUGCGGGCGUCAUGCGCAAGGCCCGCCGCGAGGCCCGGGAGGUCCGAAACAUUCAAGGCGCCCUCUCCCGCUCUGUUGUGGCACCCAUUCGCCUCCUCGAAAAGCAGCAUUUGAAGGCGCCGCCGCCCGCUAUGGUGCGGGAGAGGCGCAUCGCAGCCCAGCCCGCGUUUCGCACUCCGGAGACUGAGGAGCGUGAACAGCGCCUCCAGGAAUUGGAAAAGAAGCGCGCAGCAGCUUUAGAAGAGCAUUCUCAACGCGCAGCCUACAUUACCGACUCGGAGGAGGACUCUGAUAUGGAUCAGGAGCCCACAUACAAACCACCCAAACAGCGCGUUACCCCUGUAUCUGCCACUCUCGCAGGCCCUUCCUCGGCUUCAACGCCUGGAAAGCCUACCGUUCCCGGACGCAAGGUCAUUGGGUCUCGCGGUAGCAUGUUUCAGCGCAAGUUUGGCGCGGGCAAGAGCGUCAAAUCCCCGACAAAGCCUGUGCGCGUUACGACGACGACCACCACCACCACCACGGCGUCGCGCGACAUGUCUCCCACGGCCAAGAAGCGCACUACGAGUUCGGCCAAGCUCGACGAGCCUGCUGCCGGCCCGUCCAAGAGGCCAGCCACUGAGCCGGCGCAGGUGUCGCCCAACAGGGUUUUGCCUAGGCAGCCUAGUCCCCCCGAGGAUACUGCGAGGAGCAUGUCGCUCAAGACGUCGCCCGAAGCUCCCAAGGUGUUGAUGCGCAAGAAGAAGCCCGUCAAUGUCUUCAUGAAGCGUCCCGUCCGACGCUGA